AAAAUACGAAGUAGCAUUUUAUUUUGUCAGCUCCCCUUCGCUGACGCUCACCUGUUAAAACACAGAGAUAAUAAAUAUACAAGUAGGAGAACAGUAUUGAAAUGGACACGUAACUAACUAAGCUGUUCUUUCUUCAUCUUCUCCGUCAACUUUUCUCGUAAUAAACUCUCCUCUGUUUUUGCACUCUUCCUCGUUUUCUUCGCUCUACUUCCUCUGAUAAUUAUAUAAAUACCCCCUCUCAGGUCACUCCCCUUUCUGACUUUCUCUCUAUUAUAUUACUCUGUACACCUUUUUUUCUCCCUUUUCCCUUUCCUUUGCCAUUUUGGUUUCUGGGCUCCUUCUCUUCCUGAAAGGAUGGCCACUUCUGUGUUUCACCGACCCCUAGGGACUGCUCAGCCCCAUCAACACUUCCAGAACUCUGGUUUUCGUCAUGAGUUUGGCCAUGCUUCGGUGAAACUGACAUUUAAAGGUUUUAAGGUUGAGACUGGAUUGUCAAGAAGAGGAGGUUAUAGUUCUUGUAAGAGAAAAUUUGGUGUUAUUCAAGCCUCAGCUUCUCAUACAUCAGUGGUUCAACCAGUUUCAUAUCCCCCAAAUAACAGCACCGAUGAGUUGCGAAAGAAAUCAAGUGAAGCAGCUUUGAUCCUGAUUAGGCAUGGUGAGUCACUAUGGAAUGAAAAGAACCUGUUCACAGGCUGUGUUGAUGUGCCAUUGACAAAGAAGGGUGUGGAGGAGGCAAUUGAAGCUGGUAAGAGAAUCAGCAACAUACCUGUCGACAUGAUAUACACAUCAGCCUUGAUCCGUGCACAAAUGACUGCUAUGCUUGCCAUGACCCAGCACCGUCGCAAAAAGGUUCCUAUCAUUUUACAUAAUGAGAGUGAACAGGCAAGGGAAUGGAGCCAAAUUUUUAGUGAAGAUACAAAAAAGCAAUCCAUCCCCGUUGUAACAGCUUGGCAAUUAAAUGAAAGAAUGUACGGGGAAUUGCAGGGUCUCAAUAAGCAGGAAACAGCAGACAGGUUUGGGAAGGAAAAGGUUCAUGAGUGGCGGAGGAGUUAUGACAUACCUCCACCCAAUGGCGAGAGUUUGGAAAUGUGUGCUGAAAGAGCAGUUGCUUAUUUCAAAGAUCAUAUUGAACCUCAACUUCUAUCUGGGAAGAAUGUGAUGAUUGCUGCCCAUGGGAAUUCACUCAGGUCCAUAAUCAUGUACCUUGACAAAUUAACUUCACAGGAGGUUAUCAACUUAGAAUUAUCAACUGGAAUACCAAUGCUUUACAUUUUCAAAGGGGGAAAAUUCAUUAGGAGAGGAAGUCCUGCAGGACCAACCGAGGCUGGCGUGUAUGCAUAUACUAGGAGUUUAGCUCUAUAUAGGCAGAAGUUAGAUGAUAUGCUGCAUUAGCAUGCUCACAUAUUGGGGGCCAUCUUCAUCUGCAUUAAUGUUCAUGAUAGCUGUUGGUGUCAUAAAUAAGAAAACGCAGAAAAGCUAGUUAUGUGAUACGUUUGGGAACACGCAAAUAUGGUCAUCUUACCCAACCAGUAGGACGGACAGCUUUCUACUGCUAUUAUUUUUUAAUAUAUAUAAUUUUUCUGCGUGUUUCAGUUGGGUCCUUAACCAUGUUUCUUCCGAGGAAGACGUAGGAUUCUUGAUAGUGAUGUUUAAAUGUUGUAAAAGAUGGACCGAAGUGAAAUACGAGUAUUCUUUUUUAUGGUACCA